CUCCAGUUUAAACCUCCCCGUACGUCUUCAUCAUCAAACGCUCAAAAGCAGGGCAAGGUACUCUGCUUUAAGCUGGAGAUAAAGGAGGAAAGGAAGGAGUGGGAAUAAAAAGAUCUGGACGAGAGAAAAGCUUCGACGGAAGGAGAAUCAGCCGCAGUGGACGUGAAACGACAAGAGGGGGAAAACGGCUGGAAAAAAAGCAAAACAGACCAAAUCAGGGCUGAACUGAGGGGGAAACAGGAGGGAAGACACGCAGGAGAGGAGUACAUUCAGAGACUUUAGAAAGAAAGGACUUAUAGGAAGAAGGGAAUACGGAGGAAAAGAGAGCAGAGAGCGACACUUUCAAGAGACGAUUGAAAGCGAAAGCCUGAGAGCGUGACGUACCGUCGGACAGCUGGCGCAGGAUCCACAGGUGCGCAGUCAAAAGAUUCCCCGGGGAAACAAACAGGCUCAUAAACGUUCUGGGAGGGACCAAGCGGCUGCAAAGGAGAGGGUCUUUUUCAAUAGAGAGAGAAAGAUGCAUGCCUUCCUGCUGCUGGGCUGCUUUGUCCUCGCUGUGACUCAGUACUACCUUGGCUCAGCCCACAUGAUUCCUGAUGACAGGCUGUCAACCAAUAGGGUCGUUGCUUCCAAUGCUUUGUCUCAAAGCCUUCAGAUAGACCCUCCCCCUGUUGUUAUUGUGGAGCUGACAAAAUCUCCCAGGAAGAAAGAAAAAGCAAAGAAGCAAAAAAAGAGCAAAUUUGUGAAGAAGCACCCCCCUCCUCCUCCUCCUCCUGCAAACUGCGUCCCCCUCUGGGGAAGCUGUAAAUCUCCAGGCAAUGUGUGCUGCGACGUCUGCGCUUUCUGCCAGUGUCGGCUCUUUAAAACGGUUUGUUUCUGCAGGAUGGGGAACCCCCGCUGCUAAACGGGCAGCUGAGGGCCUGCAAAGCUCCCCAUCCCUGCAGUACAACUUCCAGUUACAGGAAACCACAUGCAGUGAGCGCGGUGAAAGGUGACUCACUUCUCCACCUUGGUUUGUAACUAUGCCUAAAACUCACAGCAUGAAAGCACUUUAUCACAGAGGACUGCACCGAAGGGAACGGCACUGAAACAAGAGUGUAACGCUUUUAACGCCGCUAUGAAACUCACAAGUUAAAGUUUAGGUUUCUCUUUGAGCUGAGCUUUUAGCACACGUACAUAAAGUUAUUAUGAUCAGGCAGUUUUCUAUGUUAUGUUUACACAUGGGAACUUUCAACAUAAUAUCAUAUUUACGACGGGUAUCAACACUUUUAUGACAGAAUAAAAGCCCUCGUGUCGACUAAGUCUGUUUGUAUUUCCUUCUUUCUGCAAUCCCCCUUUUCUCAGAAAAA